AUGAAUGGGAAGAGUGAUAUAGUGACGGUCGAACAGAUGGAGACGCUGCGGGAGGCGCUGCCGGCGAUGUAUCGCAUGCGGGAGUGGGCGUUGGCGUACAGCACCAAGCGCGACGGGAUUUCGUUGAAGAGUCUUUACAGACGCGCGAGCGGGAAGGCGAACACGGUGCUCCUCGUGAGCGAUAGUGGUGGGGCUAUUUUUGGCGCGUUUUGCACCGAGGCGUGGAAGGUGCACUCGCGAUACGGCGGCACGGGUGAGAGUUUCGUGUUCACGCUCGCGCCCGAGGGCGUCAAGUACGCGUGGAGCGGGGCGAACGAUUACUACAUGUUCGGCGCCGCUGACUCGUUAUCCGUCGGCGGUGGUAGCGCGCACGCGAUUCGUUUAGAAGAGGAUUUACUUCAAGGUUCGAGCGGAGAGUGCGAGACUUUUCAGUCCCCGCCCUUGGCUUCGGAGAACAUGUUCAGGACGGCUCGCAUCGAACUGUGGUCGCUCGAGUGA